AGCUGGGUGAGGGACUGUGGAGCGGAGACCAGUUCCCAGGCGGUGGCACUGGCCGAAGGUUUCCUCCUGAGUCAGGCAGAGGAGAGGAAGCAGAUAGAGAUGGACUGGAAAUUAAGAACAUGGGUGACCAUGACAAAAUCCCCACAAUGGAGAAGCUGAAUAAAUAUAUUGAAUGUGGGAAAAGUUCCUUUUCCACUUCCCAUCAAAGAAAUCCCAUUGGGAAGAAAGCAUAUCAGUGCUUUGGAUGUGGAAAGAGCUUCAGUUUCAACCACCAUCUCACUUCCCAUCAGAGAAUUCAUACAGGGGAGAAGCCCUAUCAGUGUGUGGAAUGUGGAAAGAGCUUCAGUCAAAAGGGCAAUCUCACUAAGCAUCAGAGAAUUCAUACAGGAGAGAAACCCUAUCAGUGUGUGGAAUGUGGAAAGAGCUUCAGUCAGAGCUUCUCUCUCAGUUCCCAUCAAAGAAUUCAUACAGGGGAGAAACCAUAUCAGUGUGUGGAAUGUGGAAAGAGCUUCAGUCAGAGCUCCUCUCUCAGUUCCCAUCAAAGAAUUCAUACAGGGGAGAAACCCUAUCAGUGUGUGGAAUGUGGAAAGAGCUUCACUCACAGCCACAAUCUCACUUCCCAUCAAAGAAUUCAUACAGGGGAGAAACCCUAUCAGUGUGUGGAAUGUGGAAAAAGCUUCAGUCAGAGCACCAGUCUCACUUUCCAUCAAAGAAUUCAUAGAGGGGAGAAACCCUAUCAGUGUGUGGAAUGUGGAAAGACCUUCAGUCAGAGCGCCAGUCUCACUUACCAUCAAAGAAUUCAUACAGGGGAGAAACGCUAUCAGUGUGUGGAAUGUGGAAAGAGCUUCAGGAAGAGCUCCUCUCUCACUUCCCAUCAAAGAAUUCAUACAGGGGAGAAACCAUAUCAGUGUGUGGAAUGUGGAAAAAGCUUCAGUCAGAGCGCCAGUCUCACUCGCCAUCAGAGAAUUCAUACAGGGGAGAAACCAUAUCAGUGUGGGGAAUGUGGAAAGAGCUUCAGUAGGAGCUGCAAUCUCAGUUCCCAUCAAAGAAUUCAUACAAAGUUCCCAAAACCCUUCAUUAUACAUCUUUCAGUGCCAGGGAAAAACUCAUCUCCUCUUCAUACAGGGGAGAAACCA